UGACUAUUGAUUGUAAUGUUUUCAAUUUUGAUAGGCGUCUGUAUUUAAUUACUCAAAAGAAAAUUUAUUGCAAAGAAUUCAUAACGUAAUUGAAAAUGAAAAUGGCUCAGCCUAUCUUUGGACGUUUGAGCAAUGGAGAAAUUCGACUAAAGUAUUCUCCUGCUGCCAUAAAGGUGAUUCACGAAAACGAGAAGAAUGGAUCCUCUCCAACAUUUUGUCUUCCUCCUGAUCAGGUAAGAUCACGGGCCAUGCAAGCUGUAAUGCAGAGGCAGGGCAAUACAGAUGAUGAAGUGGAAGUUCUUGGGGAGUAUUUGAUGCAAUUCGGAAAGUUCCGAAACCAGUCGUUCAAAUGGAUACUGGAAAAUGCAUUUGGGUUUGCGGUUUGGUUGCUGUGUGAUAUGCGUGCUGAGGUUUUUACUGAAGCUCCGUUGAGUAAAAACAAAGCUGCUUUUAUGAACUAUGCUUGUUCUUUUUGGGAGGUGCAAGAACAUGUUAAAAAACUAAUGAAGACAAAAGAAAAGGGGAAUAAUAAACCACCCGCUUCGAAGAAAAUGAAAAUUGUGGAUGACGAAAUUUCCUCCAUGAGUAAGCAAUCAAAGUUGGAAAACAUUCAAGGUGUUAAUUUUAGUACGACACCUACACAAGAUGAAUACAGGGCUUCGAGUGACUUCAUGGUCGGUACAAAACGGAGUGUUCUUUCUCAGAAACAGAAAGCGGGGUAUAAAGAAUCCCUCUUACCUGGUGGUUGGCAACAAACUUUACCCAAAGUCGACCACACAUGGGUAGCUCAGACAUUCUUUAAACAAAAUGUUUAUACUGGAAAACCAGAACUUGACUUGGCAAGAAUUGAUAAACUUUGGUGGUAUCCACCUCAGCCACCCCUUCGGUGUACAGAGCAACCAAAUCCUUCAAGAUACUUUGGUCACAAGUUACUUAUGUGGAUGCCGACACUAAUUUGGCGAUCAGUGCUGGUGUGCCCUUAUCCAAACUGCUCUCAGGUUCUCACAAGUGCAGGAGUUUACCACCACACUAAACAAGUGAUGGACUUAGAUGACAGUUACUACAUGGCUGCAGAACAUUUGAAAUGUUCUAAAUGCAAAGAAAAGUACAUCAGUUGGGAUGAGAAUAUUGUCAAUCAGUUAUGUAUUGGCCACAGACUACAGUUCCCAGUUCUCCUAUCAUAUAAACCUGCUUGUGACAGUUAUGUUAUCAGUAUGCUUGGUCAAACUGCUUCUGGCUUUAGCACCAUUCAACUGCACAAGGAAUUAAAGGAAAUGCAUAGUGAUAAAUGGCUGAGGCAAACUGUACAAUACUUAUCCGACUGUCAGAGAUUUAUGAAAUUUAGCAAAGACCAUUUGAAUUUGAAGCCCAUAUUCAAGAAACCACCUCAGUUCAUUGAAUACACGAUACAAAUGCCAGAAGUUAAUCCCACUACAUUGACACUACUCGAGAAGAAGAAAGAACUAGAUUUACUAAAACGAAGUCUUGGUUUGGAACAACCAGGGAUGACCUCAUCACAACAACCAAUACCACCACAACAACCAAUACCACCACAACAACCAAUACCACCCCAACAACCAAUACCACCACAACAACCAAUACCACCACAACAACCAAAACAACCACAACAAACAAUACCACCACAACAACCAAUACAACCACAACAACCAAUACCACCACAACAACCAAUACCACCACAACAACCAAAACAACCACAACAAACAAUACCACCACAACAACCAAUACCAUCACAACAACCAAUACCACCUCCAAUAACAUUAAAUAUUCCAGUUACAUUCAAUGUUCCCGUAAGCACAACUGGCGAGGCGAAAAUUCAACAGACCCCGUUAAUCAUACAACCUGCUUACCUUAUACCUAUUGCUCCCAAACGAAUAAGCAUGAAUGUAUUUGACGCACCGAUGACCAAAAGCAAGCCCAUAUUUGACGCACCCAUGAACAAAAGCAAGCGUAAUUACUUGAAAAGGAAACAUAAGGAAGAACAAGCUGGGAAAGUGCGAAGGUCAUAUUAUAGACCUGGACCAAUUAAGUGUGGAAAAUGCAAAAAGAUUCGGGAGUCUGAAAAUCACAAACAAUAUUAUGGGAAUUGGUAUUGCAAAGAAACUAACCCAAAAACACAUGGAGAGUGGUUAAAAGUAAUGAAAGAAACAGGAAUUGGACGCAAAAAAGUAAAUGAUUUUUAACAGUAAUUAUUUUAAUCAUAUCACUGCCUUUUUAUAUGCUUUUGCCACCAUUGUACCCUUUACCACAAAAUGAUCACUACAAUUUCCACAAAAUCUUCACUAGCCAUUUUCAUUAAAUCUUCGUCACCAAAACCUUAACACAGUAAAAAUCAGAGUGAUCAGUUUA